CAGCGGGUCACUCAUUACGCGCUCAUUUAAAUCACCGCAGCGCGAGCACGCGCACGCGCGCGCGCUGACAAAGAGCAGAAGCGGCGCUCGAUACAAACAAUCAACUCCCCAAGUUUCCCUCUCAUCAAGAGAAGCAAACUCCUGCUACAAGAAGUUGAAGACGACAACUGUUCGUGAUCGCGUUCACCAUCUCGGAUUGAUGAAUUAAAGUUACUCACUGCUAAGUAGCAACGUCUUUCUCCCCCGCCCUCCCUACCCUGCUAAGAAGUAAUAAUAAUUAUUAUUAUAUUAAACGAGAGGGAUAUAAACACCGCGUCAAUGAGUUCAGCGCAGCUUGACGAAUUAAAGUAACCGGUUCAGUGGUAAGAAGAAUAACUGGAGAUGUAGCUUCAACGUCCAUCGUCACGAAGACAACCCGCACGCACCACAGCAGCAGCAACAGCUGUCAGCGGCAGCAGCAAUAUCAUCAGCAGCAGCAUCAGGGCAGUAACAUUAGCAGCAGGGGGUGUAGAAGCAGCACCAGGAACGCAAAGUAUCAAUAUCAUCAGCAGCAGAAGAAUUAUCGUCAUCAAAAACAAUAAUAACCGCAGCAGGAAUACCAGUAGCACGAGUAUCAGUGGCAUCAGCAGCAGGGACAGCUGCAGAAACAUCAUCAUCAUCAUCACCAUCGGCAGCAGGAGUUACAUUCUUAGCAGGAACGGCAAGACCCUGUACGAUUGUUUUGACCCGACCACUCUGCGACACAUUUGAAGAGAUCAGCCGCUGCUGGUGGUAGCGGUGGUUGGUGUCUGUGGUCGGGGCAGAAGCGUUCGGUGCGCGCGCGCUGCGAGUGUCGGAGAGGAGGGAGGAGGAGGAGGAGGAGAAAGGAGGAGGAGGAGGAGAAGGGAGGAGGAGGAGUGUUUAAUCAACAGAGAGGCGCACUCGAUAGCGGGUGAAUGAGAGGUAAUUGGGUGGAAGAACAAGUAGAAGGCGGCGCGAGCGUCGACGAGAGUCUCGUGCGGACGGGAAAAUGAGAUCGGAGCGCGCUCGGGAGAGUCGCCGUCGGAUUCCUCAUCCCGCGGCCGCGCGCGUUCAAGCGACGGCUCCUGCCACGAGGGCAAUGCAUGUCUCAUCACGGGAAUCAUCAGAGUGACCAUUGCUUCUGCCGCUUCUCCCGUGACCCUGCCACUGCUCCUGCAUCGACACUAACAUAGGUCACUGUUCCGAGUGAGCGACUCGCGACUACAGAAGACGGGAGCGAGAUUCGGAGAUCGCGAACUCAGCACCACCCCCCCCCCCCCCCGCGUGGACGCCGGAGAAGUUGUGACUAACCCAUCAUUUACUUUAGUAGCAUGUUCAUUUAUUUACAUAGCUCAUAUAGCCGAAGUGUUCGUGUACGUUGAACUUCUUUCUCACCGUACGUAGCCAACCGUGCUAAUCGGAGGUGCGGUCGGGGUGGGGGGAGGGGGCACAAGAAACUGAACACAAAAAUAAGUGCUAAGGAAAUUAGUUUUCGAUAUAGUUUUAACAGUUCAUAGCUCUAGCGGUUCUUCAUAUCGGCGGAACGUAUCUGAAAGCUCGUCCCUAAUUUGUAACAUUUUCGCACCUCGUUAGUUGACUCAUCACACUCGCAUGAAUCUUUAAAGUAAGAAAAAAAGAACGCCCAAAGUUUGGCUAAGUUUCAUUAAUAGCGGCCACGCACGGUAAGAUGUAACGAUGAUGCAUUGAGAAAAGAAAGCACUUAGUGAAACGUCAACACGUAUUGGAUACACGCACACUUAAACACACUGACGUGCAUAUACACUCACAUACACCAAAGUUAAUACACUUUCAGACAUUUUCACUUAAGUACACACACAGACACUCACAAAUACGCAUUCGCAUGCUCGCUUAAGUACACUCAGACGCACACUAAUAUUCACACACACGUUGAUAGGCAAUUGCGUAAUCUCACACAUCCUAACAUAGAUGAAUACACUCACAGACGCAUACAUACCCACACAUAUAGUAUAAGCAUACAGAUUUUUCGUCAAACACGUAUAUGCCCACGAUUAUACACACACAUCCACAGUAUCUUAUGUUCUCACGUACACGAAUACAAUUGUCCCCAUAUUGUUUUUAAACGACUGCUGUGGCAAGUGCAGUUAGCGAGUACGCAGUAAGGCAUACACACGUACAUACAGAUCAAAAUUAUCUCACAUACCUACUCAAAUUAAUAAACACUUUAUUCACACUAAUUAACACGUUAACAGGACCUCAAGUACCAAACCCUGUCAUACGCACACACAUACCCACAUUGACACACUCUCGCUUACACACACAGUUAGCCAACCCCCCCACCCCAAACACACAACACACACGCGCUCCACCCGUCUAAAGAGUACUGAAGCCUUUUGACCAUCUCCCCACGCCAUGGAAUCAAUGCUUCCGCCCAACACGACCCCCUGGAUUACAAACAACACCUCGUGGCUCUGGGACAACAACGGCAACGACACCGGCAACGCCACGGGCAUCGAGGAGCCAUACGAGCCGGGUGCGGGAGCCAUCAUCCUGCCUCUGAUGUACUUCGUCGUCUGCGCCGUGGGCCUGACGGGCAACACGCUCGUCAUCUACGUGGUACUGCGCCACGCCAAGAUGAAGACCGUCACCAACAUCUACAUCCUCAACCUGGCCGUCGCCGACGAACUCUUCAUGUUCGGGCUGCCCUUCCUCGCCCUGCAGAACGCGCUCUCCUACUGGCCCUUCGGCUCGCUCAUGUGCCGCAUCGUCAUGACGGUGGACGGCAUCAACCAGUUCACGAGCAUCUUCUGCCUGACCGUGAUGAGCAUCGACCGCUACCUGGCCGUGGUCCACCCGGUCAAGUCCACCAAGUGGCGGAAGCCCUUUUUCGCCAAGCUCGUCAACGGCGCCGUGUGGUUCCUCUCAAUCGUCGUCGUCCUGCCCGUCAUCAUCUUCUCCUACACGCAAGGGGACAUCACCAUGUGCAACAUCAACUGGCCCGACCCGGCCAGCGUGUGGUCCACGGCGUUCAUUCUCUACACGGCGCUGCUCGGCUUCUUCGGGCCGCUCACCGUCAUCUGCCUGUGCUACCUGCUCAUCAUCUUCAAGGUGAAGUCUUCGGGCGCGCGCGUGCAGGGCUCCACCAAGCGCCGCAGGUCUGAGAAGCGCGUGACGCGCAUGGUGAUCGUCGUGGUGGCAGUGUUCGUCUUCUGCUGGCUGCCCUUCUACCUGCUCAACAUCAUCAACCUGGCUGUCACGCUGCCCGAAGAGCCCGCGCUUAUGGGCCUCUACUUCUUCGUGGUCGUCCUCUCCUACGCCAACAGCUGCGCGAACCCGAUCCUCUACGCGUUCCUCUCGGAAAACUUCAAGAAGAGCUUCCAGAAGGUGCUCUGCCAGAAGAAGGUGGCCGCGGCCAACGCGACUCACGACGACGGCGCGGAUCCGAGCGACAAUCGCCCCGAGAAGUCGCGGCUGCACGAGGCGCCGCCCGAGACCAUGGCCACCGCGCUGCACGAGAACGGCAGCGUGCAGCUGUCGUGCGUCUAGCGGGGCGCGUGCGCAUCCUGCAACGUCGUGUACGCUCGGGGAGUGGGGGGGGGGGGGGUGCGUACCGUGCGUAAGGGAUACAUUUAAGUGCGAGCGUGCGCUGCGGUUUAAGGGGCUGGGGAUGCGUUCGCUCGACGCGCGUUGCGCUGCGUGCGUAAAAAUGCGUUCGAGGGUCUACGCCUGCCUGCGUCCAAUCAGCGCGCGUGCGUUCGGCGUGGUUGUGUCGAACGCGGUCGAGCGUGGCUUGGCGUCGUUGCGGAGGGCGAUUGCGUCGAGCGUCGUUGAGCGCGAUUGUGUCGAGCGUGGCAGAGUGUGGUUGUGUUGAUGGUGGUCGUGUCGAGCGUGGUUGUGGUUGAGCGUGCGCGAGGGGUUAUGGAGGGGGAAGGGGGUGCGUGCACACGUGCGUUUGGGGUGUGCGAGAGCACUCGACGUGUGCACGUGCAUGGGGGGGUAACUGCGUGCGUGUGUGUGUGUGCGUGUUCAACUGGGGCGCAUGCAUUUGGAAUGUUUGAAAUCCGGGUACCUGCGUGCGUGCACGUAUAACGGUGUUGGAGGACUGCACGUGCAUUAGCUCGUGAGAGUGUACGGUGUGCACUAUGCACGUGGGAUGAUCGUGAUUGGAUUUGGGGCUCCCGCUGUGUUGCCAUGACGCUGUUGCUGCUAUUGUUGCUGCUACCGAUGCUAUUGCUGCUGCUAUUGCUGCUGCACACUGUUGGCAGUGAACGCGACACGCAAGGCAUCAGGCCACAGGUCAUGUGCGUUAUUUAACUGGGGCAGUGACGGCAUUCGGUCACCGAAUACGAGUUAUUAUAUAUAUAUUUUUUUUUGGGGGGGGGCAAAAGUUUCGAUGCCCGAAAGCGCGUGCAUGCGCGUUUACACGCAAUCGCUGCACUAACGCGCGCACCCUGACGGACGUUGCGAUGCAUCACCGAUUAAUAUCGCCAGCUCGCCAGACGUUAUCCGCAUCUAAUGGCAUCGUCUAAGAAUCAAUGGCUUUUCAAAAGCACUUGAAUUUUGUAGGAUCAUGUGAACACGUCCAGUCAUCAGAGGCCGCUAUAUUCCAUACACUGCAAUACCUAUAAAUCUCACCAAUAAUCGAACCACGACCCCGCGAAUCAUUAAGCCGGUUCCACACCUCAGAACUUGGUUGCAAACAACUGAAUCGCUCACAAGUGGACUUCCCUGCAACCGUUUUCCCGCAACAAUUCAUCUGCGCAGUAAAUUAAGGUAUUGUUGAGAGCGGGUAAAUUAAUUGGCGUGAGUAAAUUAAUAAGAAAAUUGCGUUUGCCAUGCGUGCAGAGAUAAUGUAUUUAACCACAAGGCUGGAUUUUACCCUUUAAAAAAAAGCCUGGCGUGGGUCACAUAUACGUAUGUUGAACUUCUUUCGCACCGUACAAAGCCGACCGUGCUGAUCGGAGGUGCGGGGGAAGGAUAACAAACUCAAGCCAAAAAUCAUCUGACAAAUAAUUUAAAGUUUUCACAUUUGUCAAGGCCAACCCUUACAUUGUCCUUCAGGCGUCACUGCACACGCCCUGUCCGUGUCGGGUAGAACAUUAGCGGGCGUGACGUUUGCAAUUGCGUCAUCAAACAAAUUUCCUUGCUGCGCAAGGGGAAUGAUUAGGACUCACAUUUCACAGGCGAAGACAUCAGAUAAUACACGUAGGAUAAUGUUUUGUUUUGACUGAAGGACAUAGAUGAGGAAGAGCAUCGUCCGCUUGAGAGUCAAGCUCUGGCUAGCACCUGAUGAUGUUGGGUGCCAUCUCCAGCGGAAUGUCGUACGGAAUUCUCAAAACUGUUUUUUUUCACCUUGCAAAUAACUAAAACCAAUUGGGAUACAUUUGCCCAAGUGACACAUUUGAUUUGUUUGGCUGUGUCGGUUGGCUGAGGGUGUAUAGCUCUGACGCUGUACCCUCCACACGAUCGAACCCAAAGGAAACCCCGAGGAUGAAUCCCAGCAGACACUGCCCGUGCAAUGUAUAAACGCUCAUACGUUGGCUGAAACGAUCUUCCUAUGAAAACCCAGUGCAGCAGGACCCUCCUGAAAUAUAGUUUUUGGAAUCUGUGUGUCUCUCCUGGAUGUAUAAUUCAUUUUAAAAACUCACAGUUUAGGUCUCCAUUUGUCUUCACACGCUUGCCAGAUGUCCCUUUACUUUACACACGCAUCGCCCAACUCACCACUAGCAACACGAGAAUGAGGAGAGAGUUCAGACCAUCUAACACGUCGUAUGAAUAGAACGGCGCAACAUCGUUGUUCAACCGUUUCCUUGACCUAGGCCAAAGCUACGACAGGAGAACGGUUCCCCCUGCGAGCACACGUGGAAUGUCCGUUCAACGUUACGCCAAUGUUGGUCCAACGGUUCCAACCGAACGUUAUCCGAACGUCGGCACGUGUACCGAGCGGCUUCCUUUUUGUCAGCGAGCCUUUUACUUGACUGUAUGACAAUAUGUACUCGUGUUAGUGCUGGGACUCUACUCAUGAUAGGCACACAGAUGGACAAACGAGGUGUGUUAUUCCAGAGUUCGACAAAAGCAACGUCAAUUAUGCAAAAAUAGGGCUUGGGGAAACAAAGCCCUGCAAGCAAUGCCCUGCAGGGGUGACGUGCUGCCAGCUGCAAAUGGAGGCUGCAUGCCGGAGGCAAUAAGAAUUGAUGUGGUGGUGGUGGCGUGUGCUUAGGCUGUAAGGAGCUCACGGCUACGGGAAGCCAAAACCAGCAAUUCCACGGCACGAAUCAGUCAAAGUGAUUUCAGGGCUCAGAGUUUGACAGCCGAAAGUAGAAAAUGCAGAUUGAUAUAUAUGUUGCAUAUGCUGUUGAGCAGUGGCACAUCGAUUAGCGCGCCGUCGAACUGAAAUCGAAUCUCGGCUAUGGUUAUCGUGAGAGGCGAGUGAGAUAUCCGAACGGGUUCUGCCACCCUUCCAACGUCAUCAACGCCACACUGACCAUCGUGGUGAAGUAUGGUCAAACCCCCCCCCCCCCCCCCCCCAUUACCUGCACGGCGUAAAGCUUUCAUCCAGCAGUGGAGUGACAAAGAGCUGCACAAUUUGGUCGGAGUACCGCGAUAGCUUUGCCGUUGCUUGUCAUUUGCGCAUAUUUAUACGACGCGAACCGUGUACAGACCGUCCCGUGGACGGGGGUUAAUCUGCUUUAAUGUUCAAUGUCGAGGCUGCGUGGAGCCAUCGCCAGACAUUCCACGGCAUGAAUCGAUAAAAAAAACGAAUUAGUCGAAAUACGCUGGGCGGCGGUGGAAGCUACGCCGCACGUGGUUGCCUGUAAUCCAGCACUGUGGAGGCAUGGGUGAGGUUUCGACGGAUCACCGUACAAACGUUGUGAAACUGCCUUCCCCGUGGGCGUCGAGGAGGCGCCGUGCUCUGGCUCGGCCAGGAGGAUGUGGUGCAGCAAGGGCGGACUUAAGUGCCACCUGUUUCCAUCUGUGUGAGAGUGCCUUCUCGCACGCGUGGGUUUUCUUUCCCUGGGUCCUCCCGGUUUCCUCCGACGUAUGCACUCAUUAUUUGAGCUGGAAAUAGUUUAAUGUACAGACACAUCCACAAGUGGAUUGUGCGGCAUUGUGAGAUGCAUUUUGGAUGAAUUAUGGAACUGUAUAAACACAUUAUUAUUAUUAUUGAUCACAAUCUGGACAGAUGUCAUCAUUCAGACAAAAACAUCCGCUUGGCUUGCAAUACCUAUCAUUUUACAUUACUGUAGGAAUUGAAACAUUAUUUAUAUAUAAAAAGAAUAUAACUUAUAUGUAAAAAAAUCCCAUAAGAUUACCCUAAUUAACGCUUUUGGUGGUGGUUUUGUUAGUUACGUGUUGUGCAUAGGCCCCUGGUUCCUUAAGGCCAUGGGCCAGAACAGAAACCGGUACAACCUCGGGCACCGGCACAUCUUCAGUUUUACCGAUGUAUUUACACGGCCAAAAUGAGGGCGACUUAUUUGAUAACCCCACUAAUUAAUAUUGUUAUCACGCAAAUCGCUGUUAUUGACCAAACAACGAAAUCGGAAUCGCAAAAGUGAUGCCACCUGAAAGUGGUGACGACAAGUGCGAUGUCCAGUCUGGACUCAUGUACUAACGUCUGGUCAGAGUGAACCCCUGGCUCAGCUCGGUACAAUUAAACAAAUGCCGGCGUGAGUCCGCUGGUUGGUAGACUGACCUGGACGUGGACAAAUGCAAUGUCUUGCCCUGUAGAAUUGUGGGGCUGGUGGGCAAAUGUGGCAAUUGCAAAACCACCUUGCGAAUCGCGUCUUAAGUCGUCUCAUUUACUCCACGCGACUAUCGAGGAUUGAGCGAUUAAUCUGAAUUCUAACGAUGUUCUAGAGGGGCUUGAAUGGCGACACUUGGUGAAUUUAUAGUUAACUGUAUGCCUACAAAUAAAAAAUAAAUCUGCAUUUUUUUUGUUUUACUCGGCCCUCUGAAAAUGAGAGAUCGUUUCACUCGUAUGGGAGGGUUAGCCUGAGGCUCUAUACAACUCUAAUGAUCGCGCUUAACAUUUACAAAUAAUAAUCAUUGAACCAAGGAAUCAGCCUGGCGUACUGUAAUCAUACAGCUGCCGAAGCCCAAAACAGGUGUAAAGAAUAUAGUGCGUGACUUUAUAAUACAUGCAUUAAUUAUGAAUGUCAUUGUCGUAUAGUAACCCAGGAAAACUCCACCGAGUCUCCUAACUAUUUGUCACGAGGGUCCCGAAAAACUGGGCUGUUUGGCCAAUUCCAUUAUUUGAAUGUUUGGAUUAUUGUAUAGGGAAACCGGCGCACACGGAGAAAACCCACCAAGGCAUUAAACAUUUCAACCUCUGCACAGAUAGAGUGAACAAUCCACUGGUGUGCCGACAUCUCCUGCCAAUCUCACGGCCUACGCCUGGAAACACCUGGUGUUACCAUGCGGUCUCCCAUCAAUCUCAGAUUCAACAAUCCACUGCUGUACUACCAUAUCCUGCCCCCCACACAGACAGACACCGAUGCAUAAGUGCGGGCAAAAAAAAAUCUGAACUGAAUGCUUAACGAAUUAUUCAAUCACAUCGUGAACGUUAACACUGUGAUACGACAGAAUGACACAAUACUGAAUGCGGUUGAGACGUUAACACAAACCCAUACGAGACCCCUUUUUUGUCGAGAUGCGUACAGGGGUGGGGGGUGGAGAUGGGGUUGUGAGGAUGGGGCAGUGCUGUCUCGCUGAUGGGGGUCACGACCGGCCUAAUCGAUGUGCAUUCACUGCGCGUCAGGGAUGCAAUUAAGCGCCAUUGAUACCCAAAACGUGGCCUCCGCUAGACGAGCGUCAGGACCAAUUGUGCUCGGAGCGAAUUGCUUGACAAGUUGACACUGAUCGGUAAUCGCCGUGGCGUAACGGUCCGCAACACUCGACUCGAUCUCCGGGCGAGGCAAGUUGCGACAAUGGGCAAGGUCGCGUUACUACCUCCAACUCAGCCAUGAGUACACCGCGAGCCGUUCGGCAAUUCGCGUGCGGUGUGUUGGGGUAAAGUGUGGGUGGUGCUACCACCUCUUUCAAGACGUCUGGCCGGCGUGUAAGAGUAGGCCAAACACAGUCGUGAUGUGCAGGUGUGAUAAUGGUGGUGAAGUCGCAAGCAACGCCGAAAUUGCUUGCUACUGCCUGGGGAGGGAUGUCCACUCGCGAGAGCUCUAGAGUCCCUCUGAAAGUGUAUUUGGCCUAAUCUUCCACACUGACAAGGAGAGGUUGGAUUACCCACACUUUACCCUUCCACGCGUGACCUGCCCAUUGAUGAACCGCGGCGUGCCUAUUUGCACCGCCAAGUGUACUAGAGGUGGGGACGAUGGAAGACACUCAACAAGUGCCACGACGGGAGAUCGGAACCAGACCGGCGACGUCUGCAUUGGAAUCCCAGCGUUGCUCAGCAUCACAUCACGGCAGGCACUCCUAAGGGGGCACGUAAUGUAUGCAUCUUCUUUUGCACGGUCCGUAAGCACUUUACGAUUUUUCUAUUAGGAGCGGGAGCUAGCUGCAUGUGCGAAAAUCGCAGGGUGGAUAGCGUGAAGGAUGGAGGGGAGGUGGGGCAGGGGUGAAGUGGUCCUUGUAUAAAUCCGUUAUUUCCACACGCACAAUGGGCCAGACCUGAAAAUCAAUUCAUCCCGACGCCAUAUUUAUCAAGCACGUGUCGCGAAGGGCUUGCAUCGGAGCGAACGCGAGGAGAUGCUAUUGGCGCAGAGCGCGAUUUUCAUCCUAAUCGCUCCACUCCACAUGACCAAACCGUAAGGAAACAGCGCGGUCAACCCAGCCACCCAUUCGGCACUACCCUCUGCGCGAUGCCUUCACAAUUACACGAUUCCUUCAGCCCUGGCUAACAGCUCGCGACUGUACCCACUAAGCCCCUCCGCCCAACCAACUAUCUUCCACACGUACCUCUACCGUGACCACCAUUUGAAAAUGACACCACCGUCACCGCCACACACACACACAGAAACAAAUAAAGACAAAGAUCUCCCCCCCUUCCUUUGUCGCCUUCACAAACUAUUUGCGGCAAGUGCCCUUAGCGAAUACACGUGAAGGCUGGAACGGCGCACGAAGAGGCGUGGGGACAGCACCACGCCCGCUCGCGUUUGUCUCCCCAGUGGCGAUGUUCACACGACACACCAGGUUACCCGUUUAAGGCUGAGUAUACCGAAGGGGAGGCUCAAAUCGGCUCAGAUAUACACCGCGAAUGUAUGCCAUGGACGAGAAACGACCUCGGGCAGUCAGGUUCGUAGAAAUACGCGCAGGAAACGCGCACUCACACGGAGACCUGCGAUGACUCCGAGAAUCACAAGCGCGGUGCAACAUCGCAAGCACGAGACGUGUUGCGGCGCUAACGCACCGUAAACAUGCGACUUGUGUUUGUGGUUACUUAUUUAGAUCGGGAGUGUGACUUCCACACACACAAGACAAAGAUCCCCCCGUAUAACUUUUAACAGACUGUUGGGGCACGUUCUCUUAGUGGGCACCUAGACGGGCACGACACACUAGGGGUAGGUGGCCAACAGCAUGCCCGGCAGCAUUUGUAUCUUCAGUGCGUGUGCUUUGCACACACAGAGCCAGGGCCUGGGGGAGGCCCUGAACCGGUUCAAAUAAUUGAACUCCAGUUGGCAGGUUCAUCGAGCAAUGCGCUAAUCACUCCGCCACCACUCCACCCACAUGCGCGCACUCAUAUACACAUGCACGCGCACAAUGCUGCCGACGUGAAAACAAACACCCAAUGUAACCAGACAGCCUGUUAUACCAAUGCAGUUAGCCAGCGCUUAUUAAAACCGGAACAGCACAAGAGAGCUUGAUGGCUCGGGGUGUAAGAAUAUUUAGAACGAGUCAUGAAAUAGAGAUUCAUGGGUUUUGAAGUACAAGUAUAUUAAAGCUGGGUUCUCCAAACUCCAGUCCUAUCGACCCACUGCCAAGCUGCGUCUUUCUGCGUUUGCCAAUGCACUCCCCAUAAAAAAAAUCGUAGCACGCUGCACGCGCCCAAUGAUUGUUCGACUCGUCCCGCUUGACACGCUAAUCAAUUAACGCGUUCUGUGUUCAUAGGGGCGAUUAAAAUUUAAAUUGAGAUCUCGGUGUACGAGCGCGUGCGUGUUGCGCGUGACACAGACACAAUGCAUUGAUUUGCGCGUCCCGUGGGAUUCGUUUAACAAUUGUCGGGCAUUCGUGCAGCAAAUUAAUUUGUAUUUGAAUGGGGAGUAUACUCGUGAAGACUGAAAGAUGUAGUGCGGUGGGUCACGAGGACUGGAGUUUGGGAUACCCUGGUGUUAAACUUUACCGUGAGCAUAUUAAGCGGGCUUGGGCGAGCCACAUCGCUCAAAGGGAUGUUGGCUACUGGAGAAAACGCGCCCGAGCGAAUGACGACCGCAAAGAUGCAGCAAUGAGACCACUCGGGUGCAAACCGUGCGAUGGAUUAGUGGCACCGCGUGAUCGUAAGUAAGCCAUCGUGCGCCAAUGUCACGGUCCAAUUUUGGCAAAAAUAUAUAUAUAUCCCCAGUGUUCAGUUGGAAUUACACGCACGUGAGCAAUCAUUGUUUUGCUUCUAGCAGACAAAUGCCCGUUUGCAGGCCAGGUGCUGAGUCGCCUUGCCACUGGGGGUGCCCUUCAUAAUGUGUUGAGAUGAUAUGUGAGAUGUAAAGCGCUCCAAAUUACUCCUGCGCAAUAGGAGGGCGCGAUAUAUAUUAAAAAAGCAUUAAUAUUUUCACCCAGCAAUGUGAGGCCUUCAGCAGUGGAUGGAAUAUGAUGAUAUAUAUCUGAAUUCACAUAUUUCCCUCUUAGUUCAUUAGUUUAAGUUAUUUAUUCGCGUAUUAUUUUACACACACAAUGACUAGCCAUGCUUAAAUGACAUUAGGCCUAUGAGACAAUUGUACAGCCACGUGUAUUUAUCCCGAUUCAAAAUGUCCAUUUGUGAUGCGCGUAUUUUGCCGUAACUCUUCGCAAUUUGAGCGACGUGUGUCAAGUGAUAACAUACGAACACCGAGUCCGACUUUGCCUUUAUAAUGGGGUUCAUAUGCGAUGGGUCCCCACUCUCCCCUCCACCCCCCAUGUUAACACGAGCGAUGUCUUGCACUUGUUCCACAAAUCAUUUUCAGUGUCAAAUUCCGAAUUAUAAAACGUUGUGUUUGUGCUUUUCUUUUCGACAGUUACACGUUCCGUGAUAAAGGCAUAUAUAGAUUAUACAUCAACGUUUGCUCCAUUGUUCAUCAGUGUGUCCGUGAUGCUGAGCCCGUAUGUCAUGCGAAAAGACUCGUCGAGAGAAGCAUUGGUGUAAUUGCUGCGGCAAAUAAAUUCAACUUGUAACGCACCACCGCCGCACAGCGCCCGCUCGCUCUCAAAGAGCGCGAACGACUCAAGAGGGGCGAGGAACUGCAGACAAGCGAGACGGCAGCAGCCAGGCGGUGAGCCGGGGCCAUUAAAUGCCCACGCUCUGUAAUCCUUUAUAUAUGUUAAGUUGCUAUUGGACAAUUAACGAGUGUUUACACGUGUAGAAACCCAAGGCUGUGCGAGGGGGCAACACUCUAUCCCAUAGAGAUGGCACAGGUGAAGAUCAGUCCGCAUUUGCUGUAUCGCAUUCUCCUGGGUAAGCUGGGGUAUGUCACCUUCUCUUUGCCCAUUUUCUAAGCAUAUGUUUUAUGUAUAGAAGCCGAAUACUCUAAACGCAUGUUUAUAAAUGUGGAGGUUAAAAAUCCAGAGGACCCGGAUAAAAAUCCACGCUCCCACGGGGAGAACAUGCAAAAUCAAAAAUAUACAGCAGGCGUCAGUGUUGGGAUCGAAUCCACGACCUCCUGCAUACCAGGCGAGGUAGUUAACAUCUCGCCACGGUGGCGCCCCGUGGCGCUCAGAAGGACGCCCACGGUGGAAGACGGAGCGACGAGUUCAGCUCACACGCAGGAAUGACACGGAACGCGGCAUCGUGGCAGGACCGCGAGGGAUGACGACUGUGGGGAAACAUCCACCCAGCAGUGGAUGGAUCACAGCUGUUGAUGAUGGUCGUGGUGAUGAUGCAUUAAUGAAACAAACACGCACCUCACGAGCAACUAUUUUAACACGACUACGUGGGUAACUUAAGAGCCGCAGACUCACGUGCAGGUCGAAAGUUCAAGGUGCCGCCCUGUAAUGUCUUGCUCACGCCACGACUAAACGAAGCUCUGGAGGGCUUUUCUCUCGAGAGAGUAUUUUUCUUACUAUUCUACGGUCGCCGAACCUCUUGGAAAAGUUGGGAGUACCCAUGCUUUCCCCCACCAAACACAACUGUGGUGUACCAACUCGUACCGCUGGGCACAUAGGCGGUGGCGAGGAUUCAAUAAACCAUGUCCAUUGUUUCAACAGCACACGCCCAGAGAUGGGGCCUCAAUCUGUGGAUCACGCGCUUCGUGGUGCUAGCCACUUACACCAAUGUUGUGGAAGCCUCCAGAUUAAAAAAAAAAGCAUGCGCUC